AUGGGAGAGUCCGCGAGGAAGACCGUGCGGCGGCUGCCCACAGUCAAGACGGCGGAUGGACGCGCCACACACGUGCUGUACGUCAAAAGCGGGAUGCCCUACGUGAGCGGGAUCAAGCGCGUGGCGCGGUGGCUGGAGGCGCUAGACUCGCGCCGCAGCGGGGGAGAGCGGCACGUCACGCUCCUCGGGCUCGGACGCGCGGCCGAGCGCACACUGAGCGUGGCGUGCCACUUCCAGGGCGCGCGGCGCGUGGAGGUGCGGACGCUGAGCACGGAGGUGCUGGACGAGCUGGCCGCAGCCGACGCGGAGGACGAGCCCUGCGAGCUGCGCGCGCGGCGAGUCAGCGGGGUGGAGGUACGCAUAUACGCUUUAUAA